GGUCGGCCCUCGCAGACAGGCUGCGGAGCUUGGCUCUGUGGGGGUACUCUGAGGGAUCGGCACCCUGGGGCUCAGACUGUGCAGCUCCUUGUCCUCGGCCGCCCACAGGCAUUGGCGAAGGCCAGCCGUCCCGGCCGAGGACCAGCAGGCCGUGUGCCGCUGCAAGGGGUUCCCCCGGGACUGGCGGGAACCACCAGGGAGGCAGGGCGGGGAGGGGGGCACGGGCGAAGGCCGGCUGAAGCCACUUCGCAAGGACAGCCUCUACAGCACCCGGCCUAAGUCAGAACACCUGGGCGAUGGGCGCCCUGGGGAUUCAGGUGCAGGAGAGAUGCGCCCUGGCACCGCGCCCUGCGUCCCUGUCGUGGAGAUCGGGAACCCAGGGUGUCGGCUCAAAACCUGGAGCGAGGGGCUGAGGCCCGCAUCGGUACACCUAACCCAAGUGCGACAGCGCGAAUGCAUCUCAGUCCAUGUGGGGCAGGCAGGUGUCCAGAUGGGCAAUGCCUGUUGGGAGCUCUACUGCCUGGAACAUGGGAUCCAGCCCGACGGGCAGAUGCCCAGUGAUAAGACCAUUGGUGGAGGGGAUGACUCCUUUACCACCUUCUUCUGUGAAACUGGUGCUGGGAAGCAUGUGCCCCGCGCGGUGUUUGUGGAUCUGGAGCCCACGGUGAUUGAUGAGAUCCGAAAUGGCCCAUACCGGCAGCUCUUCCACCCAGAGCAGCUCAUCACUGGGAAGGAGGACGCUGCUAACAACUAUGCCCGUGGUCACUAUACCAUCGGCAAGGAGAUCAUCGACCCAGUGCUGGACCGGAUCCGCAAGCUGUCUGACCAGUGCACGGGACUCCAAGGCUUCCUGGUCUUCCACAGCUUUGGAGGGGGCACCGGCUCUGGCUUCACCUCUCUCCUGAUGGAGCGGCUCUCGGUUGACUAUGGCAAGAAAUCCAAGCUGGAGUUCUCCAUCUACCCCGCGCCCCAGGUGUCCACGGCCGUGGUGGAGCCCUACAACUCCAUCCUGACCACCCACACCACCCUGGAGCACUCGGACUGUGCCUUCAUGGUGGACAACGAGGCCAUCUACGACAUCUGCCGUCGCAACCUGGACAUCGAGCGCCCCACCUACACCAACCUCAACCGGCUCAUCAGCCAGAUCGUGUCCUCCAUCACGGCCUCCCUGCGCUUCGACGGGGCCCUCAACGUGGACCUGACGGAGUUCCAGACCAACCUGGUGCCCUACCCCCGCAUCCACUUCCCCCUGGCCACCUAUGCGCCGGUCAUCUCUGCGGAGAAGGCCUACCACGAGCAGCUGUCGGUGGCAGAGAUCACCAACGCCUGCUUCGAGCCUGCCAACCAGAUGGUCAAGUGUGACCCCCGCCACGGCAAGUACAUGGCCUGCUGCCUGCUGUACCGGGGCGACGUGGUGCCCAAGGACGUCAAUGCCGCCAUCGCCGCCAUCAAGACCAAGCGCAGUAUUCAGUUCGUGGACUGGUGCCCCACGGGCUUCAAGGUCGGGAUCAACUACCAGCCCCCCACCGUGGUGCCCGGGGGCGACCUGGCCAAGGUGCAGCGCGCCGUGUGCAUGCUGAGCAACACGACCGCCAUCGCCGAGGCCUGGGCCCGCCUGGACCACAAGUUCGACCUGAUGUACGCCAAGAGGGCCUUUGUGCACUGGUACGUGGGUGAGGGCAUGGAGGAGGGGGAGUUCUCGGAGGCCCGGGAGGAUAUGGCUGCCCUGGAGAAGGAUUACGAGGAGGUGGGCAUCGACUCCUAUGAGGACGAGGAUGAGGGAGAAGAAUAGAACAACUGCCUGGACCCCACUCACUAUGUUUAUUGCAAAAUCCUUUCGAAAUAAACAGUCUCCUUGCACGGUU